AUGUCUCAGGCGGCUGGGUCGACGCUGUGGCAGCGGGUGAAGGGUGGUAGUAAGACCGGCUUCGACAAAACCUGGAAGGCUCUCGACAGACUCGGAGCGCCAGUGAACAAGCUGUCCAACAAGCUCGGGAGCGAAGCUUUCUGGCCAACGACGCUGGACAAGGAAAGUGACAAGGCUGCGAGGAUCCUCAAGAGCUUCUGCAGUAAGAGUAGCCGGCUUCGCUGGGUCGCCUGAGCUGACAGUGUCCGCAGAAGAUGGAUUCUACGCCGAGGAGGAAUUUCAGCCAGAGGAUGGGCCGAAGCAGAAACAGAAGGUCGUACAGAAGAUUCCAGAGAAAGUCAUCAGGAAUGCAAAAGGCUUGGCCAUCUUCACCACCAUGAGAACAGGCCUUUGGGUAUCAGGAGCUGGAGGUAGUGGUAUACUGGUCGCAAGGAAGGCAGAUGGCACAUGGUCGCCGCCAAGUGGCAUCUUGCUACACACCGCGGGCUUGGGUUUCCUUGUGGGCGUUGACAUCUACGACUGUGUGAUUGUCAUCAAUACCGAGGAGGCCCUGCAAGCCUUUACAAAAGUCCGCUGCACGCUUGGGAGCGAAAUCAGCGUGUCUGCUGGGCCCGUCGGCGCGGGAGGUGUUCUGGAGACCGAGAUUCACAAACGCCAGGCGCCCAUAUACACCUACCUCAAGAGUCGUGGAUUCUACGCCGGUGUACAAAUCGACGGCACAAUCGUCAUUGAAAGAACGGAUGAGAACGAACGUUUCUAUGGUGAGAAGAUGCCGGUGCUGGACAUCCUGGCGGGCAGAGUGAGGCACCCUCCUUUGGAGAUUGCCCGACUCAUGGAGACUAUCAAGGCCGCGCAAGGUGAUUCUGACUUCGAUGAGAACUUGCUGCCCACCGAAGCACCACCCGGAGACUUCGAGAUCGAUCAUAACUUCGGCGUGCCUGAUAAAGAUGACCCCGAUCCAUAUGGUGUCUUGGCUCUAGAGAAAGAAGGCAUGAGUCUGAAAGAGGCUGGGACGAAGAAACGAGCCAGCUGGGAAGAGUUCACCUUCAGCCCUAGUCCAAGCAGCCCUAUUCACAGCAUCUACGCAAGGCCAAGCGUCGAAACCAACACCAGGUCCGGUAGCAGGCGAAACAGUUGGCGAACCAGCACAUUUAGCACUGACCCCAAGACGCCCAGUUCUCUCAGAAAUAGCACGGAGGUGCGCUCGCCUUCGCUCAUGAUAGACUCGUCCACUCAGACAGACUUAGACCUCGCGGACAGCACACCAAUGUCUCCGGAGCGCAGGAGCAUCCGAAGCCAACACAGCAGUGGAGGUAGCAUCUCCGCGAAUGGCCUCCAGAUUCAGAUGCAGGAUGUCCCAGAAAAUGAAGUGUUGGAGACCGAUCACCGUAUACGACAAGAAGCGAAAAAGUCCACGGCGAACGGUUACAACACCCCACCACAUACACCCCCAGCGACAGCGACUACACACGGAGAUGCAACUUCAAAGCAUGCUCGCAGUGAGGAUGGCGAAAUUGGGGAUGACGAAGACACUGAUGAUGAGGAAGAGGUCCAGGUCAUUGAGCAGCCCGCGGUUACCAUCCCAAUGGUCCGGCCCACCGUAGCCGAAGCUCGCCAGGUAAACAAGGCUCGAAUUGUCGAAGUUCCAAAGCGCUUUCCACCUAAACUCCCGCCGAGAAAUCCAGGACGUGCUGGAUCCGUCGUGGCUGAUGCUUCUUCCAAGGACGCUUCCACGGAUCCGGCAAGCUCGUUGAACUCGUCGCGACGUGGGUCUCCUGCUUCUGAUACAGCCAAGAACGGCGCCCACUCGGUCGUGGACAAGAAGGACGACUCAGUCGCGGAGAAGAUGCAAAGUGUGAAGCUAGAUGACGACGAGGACGAAGAGGACGAUCUUCGACCGAACCCAUGGGCCAAAGUCGAAGAGAUGCGCAGACACGAAGGAGAGGAGAAGAUGAGCGCUAAGAUUCCCGGUGGCUUUGAUUGA